UGAGUGCAGUCUUAGUGCCUGCAUCUGUCUGUGGUGGUAAAAAAACAGCCACAUAAACUAUAGCUUAAAACUCUCUAGGCAAGUAGUGUGGCUUGCAAUUUAUCACAAUAUACUCUACUUCAGGCGAGCAAAAUCUAGAGACUUCCUUAGACUUCCUUAGACAGCACCAGCUGUUGUUAACAAAUAUGCACAGACCGCCCCCCCCCCCUGUCUUACGUCUAUCUUGCCAGUUUAGAGUAUAUCCUGCUAGCUGAAUAUCCAUGUCGUCAUUCAGCCACGGUUCCGUGAAACAUAGGAUAUGACCGUUUUUGAAGACCUGUUGGUAGGAUAUUCGUGAUUGUACUUUAUUUAUUGUCUAAUUUAUUGUCCAAUGAUUGCACGUUGGCGAGUAGUAUUAACGGUGACAGCAGCUUUCCCACUCGCCUUAUCCGGGUCCUGACCAGGCAUCCGGUCCUUUGUCCUCUGUACCAGCGUCGCUUCCUCUUGCAAAUAACGAUGGUGUUUGGAGAAUGUACUGUGCGCCCUCCUUGUAGAAAAAGCUUUGUCUAACCAGAGGAUGUCUUGACACUUCCAUCCCAGCUGUGAUAUCUUUAAAACAGUGGCAAUCUCUCUUCAUUAACAUAGAGCUGGAUGCAAAGAUGACAGAGGUCCUGGACUAUGAUUAUAAGCCAGACUAUGACUAUAAAUCAGCCAAUGACUCCUAUUACUUCAACAUCACAUCCUUUGACCUGAACUUUAACACAUUGUCCUGUGCAGCUCAGCCCCUUUCUCCCGGUGCCGUCAUAUUCCUUUGUGUCCUUCACAUCGCCAUCUUCCUAUUGGCUGUUCCUGGUAACCUACUUGUGUGGCUCGUGAUUAGCUUCAGUCAACAGUCCCUAACCCCAUCCGACAUCUACCUGUUUCACCUGACUGUAGCUGACGGGCUGCUGGCUCUGACCCUGCCCUUCUGGGCCGCUGCCACGCUCCACGGAUGGAUCUUUGGUGACUUCCUGUGUAAGUUCCUCAGCCUGGUUAUGGAGGCUAGCUUCUACAUCAGCAUCCUAUUCCUGGUGUGUAUCAGUGUCGACCGCUACCUGGUGAUCGUUCGCCCUGCCAAGUCCCGUAAGGGCCGCCGAAGGGCCUGCAGAUGGUACGCCUGCACCUUCAUCUGGGCUUUGGGGGGCACCCUCUCUCUCCCUGCCCUCUUCAAGGACGCCUUCACGCCCCAGAGCGGUGGUCCUACGAGGUGUGCUGAGCACUUCGACGUCAGCAGCGCCACCCACUGGCGGCUCGCUACUCGCGUCCUACGCCACAUCCUAGGGUUCCUGCUCCCACUAGUCAUCAUGGUGGCGUGCUACAGCAUCACCGUGGCCCGGUUGCUGCAGACGAGCGGCUUACAGAAGCACAGGGCCAUGCGGGUCAUCAUUGCCGUGGUGUUCGCCUUCCUCCUGUGCUGGACGCCGUUACACAUGACGGUGAUGGCCGACACCCUGAUGAGGGCCAAGCUGGUGCACUUCGACUGUGCUAAGAGGAACAGGGUGGACCUGGCCCUCCAGGUCACCCACAGCCUGGCCCUGGGCCACAGCUUUGUUAACCCAGUGCUGUAUGCCUUCGUGGGGGAGAAGUUCAGGGGGAACCUGGGUGCCCUGGUCAGGAAGUCACGAGGACCAGAGAGGGGGUCGUCGUCUCGAUUUAGCAGGUCCACAUCCCAGACCUCAGAAGGUAAUGGACUGUUAUGAUUGAUCUGAUAGUUUGUCCCCACAUUACUUGGAAUCAGGGUUGGGGUCAAUUCCAUUUAAAUUCCACUCAAUUCAAGAAGCACUCUAAAAUUCCAAUUCCAAUGCUUUUCAAUGAGGACAUUUUUUAAAACGAAAUUUGGUUCACUUUCUGAACUGACUGGAAUUGACUCUAACCCUGCUUUGAAUAACUUAUAAGAUUGUCCCUUUGUAACAUAUUGUAACCUAACAUUCCUUGCCUGACAUUGCAUAUGUGCUGGCACUAUCAGGCUGCAGACUCAGAUCCUGUAUGUAUGUGAUCUUUAAUGUCCCUCCAUAUACUAUUGCCCCUGGUGUCUGUACAUGUAUAUAAUGCCCUCUGUUGUCUGUUGUAUUAGGUAAUAAAUACCCUGUGCUGUU